GAAGCAAGUGGAGCGCUAGAGAGCGAUAAACAUGAAAGGGAGCACAUCAAAUGUGUGACUGAAGAGCCUUUAUUUUAACAGGUUUACUGAAGUCAUACCAAUACCAAAUUAUACCACUGUUCAUACUUUGAGGAAAAAGAAUGCUCGUUGCUUGAGGAACUGGUGCAUUGAACAGGAAAGGAAUGUCCUUGUAAGCAGCGAGAAAGAAAAACAAACGGAUACAUGACUACAGAAAAAAAAAGUUUUCCGUGGUAGGGAAAACCAGGAACAAACUUUUCAUAUGCUGCAUAAAUUAUGGACUGUAUUUUUGUUUUGGGGUGGUAGCCACUGCUUCGUUUUUCUGAAACUCAUCUUUCAAGAUUUAUAUCUUAACAAAACAUUUUCUCUUAAUAAAAUUUUACGAAAAACGAAACGCAUAUGAUAGCUAGUAUCAUACUGAAGCCGUAUACUUUUUAAAAUAUUUUUUUCUGUCGUGGAGGUGAUUGUUUUCAGUGCGGAUACGUAAUUACAAAUGGCCUCUUCAAGGAUAUACCUUGUUGCGAAAUGUAUGCUGAUCGUCCAACUUAUGAUCUUGAUUGCUAAAAGCAGCCAGGCUCUGUUGUGCCUGCCUUGUGACGAGUCAAAAUGCGAGGAGCCUAAGCACUGCUCCGGCGCUGUGGUUCUAGGGAUCUGUGGCUGUUGCUCAGUGUGUGCAAAGCAAAAGAACGAGAGCUGCGGAGGUGUGUAUGGACUGUACGGGACUUGCGACAGGGGUCUUCGGUGCGUGAUCAGACCCCCUAUGAACGGCGGUUCCAUCACGCAGUACGAAGUCGGGGUUUGCGAAGAAGAAAACUGGGAUGAUGAUCAGCUACUUGGAUUUGAACCUUGCAAUGAGAAUCUGAUAAUGGGCUGCAACAUAAUUAAUGGGAAAUGCGAGUGUGACAGCAUUCGGACCUGUACUAAUCCGUUUGAAUUUCCAAGUCAGGAGAUAUGCCAGUCUGCACUAAAGAGAAUUGAAGAUGAGAAGCCAGAUUGCUCCAAGGCACGCUGUGAGGUACAGUUCUCUCCACGCUGCUCUGAGGACUCCAUUCUGAUUGAAGGUUAUGCCCCACCUGGGGAGUGCUGUCCCCUACCUAGUCGCUGUGUCUGUAACCCUGCUGGCUGUCUGCGAAAAGUGUGUCAGCCUGGCUACCUCAACAUCCUUGUGUCCAAGGCAUCUGGUAAACCUGGAGAGUGCUGCGAUCUUUAUGAAUGCAAGCCAGUAUUCAGUGUGGACUGCAGCACUGUGGAAUGCCCUCCUCUUCAGCAAGUCCAGUGCCCCCCAGACAGCUUUGAGACACAGAUCAGACUCACUGCAGAUGGGUGUUGCACGCUGCCAACCAGGUGUGAAUGCCAGCCUGCAACGUGCAGCUUUCCUGAGUGUGCCACAGGAAGUGUGCCUCGUAUCAUUUCUCGAGGACAUGGUUCUCCUGGGAAAUGCUGUGAUGUCUUUGUAUGUGUCAAAGAAACCAAGCCAGCCUGUAUUUUCAAUGGUGUUGAAUAUUAUGAUGGCGACAUGUUCCGUAUGGAUGCCUGUCGCUUCUGUCGUUGCCAAGGUGGUGUCUCCAUCUGCUUCACUGCACAAUGUGGCGUGCUGCACUGUGAAAGAUCUUAUGUUCCUGAGGGGGAGUGCUGCCCUGUCUGUGAAGAGCCCAUCUACCCUGUGUUGAACUUCGCCGGUUGCUACGUUAAUGGACAAAUUGUAGCACAUGGUGACCACUGGAGGGAAGACGAUUGUACGUUCUGCCAGUGUAUCAGUGGAGAUGCCCAUUGCAUGGCUGCAGCCUGUGGGCACAACUGUCUGAACCCUGUUCAAGUGCCAGGGGAAUGCUGCCCAGUGUGUGAAGAACCAACAUAUAUAACAAUUGGGCCUCCAUCCUGCAGGCUCUUGGAGAACUGCACUCUUACAGAAAAGGAUUGCAUAUAUGGCUUUAGACUUGACCAGAAGGCCUGCCGUUUGUGUCAGUGCAAAACAAGAGAGGAGCUCUGCAGCGGGUUGAUUGCAGGCUGUGCCCUGGACUGCCCCUUUGGCUUCCAAAUAGAUGCACAUGGCUGUGGGAUCUGCCAAUGUCGACCACGACCCAAGAAAUGCAAACCAGUGGCCUGUGAAAAGGACUGCCCUUUUGGCUUUGUGAAGAACAAGCAUGGAUGUGAAAUCUGUCGUUGCAAGAAGUGUCCUGAACUGCCAUGUGACAAAGACUGUCCAGAGGGCUUUGAGCAAGACAACCAUGCCUGCAUUACUUGCAAGUGUAAAGAAUUACAUCCAUCAGUGUCUUCCCCGGUAAAAGCUGGCUCGUGUCUUUCAAUGGAUGGCAGGCGGCAUGAGAAUAGCGAAAGCUGGCAUGAUGGUUGCCGAGAAUGUUACUGCCACAAUAGCCGGGAGAUGUGUGCCCUCAUCACCUGCCCUGUGCCUGCCUGUAGCUAUCCUAUUAUCCGGCCUCGACAGUGCUGUCCUUCCUGUCCAGAUGACUUCAACUCACGGAAACCAGAGCUGAGUGACUCAACCAUCUGUCAUGCCCCAGGUGGAGAAUACUUUGUGGAAGGGGAGACAUGGAACAUUGACUCCUGUACGCAGUGCACAUGUCACAGUGGGCAAGUACUCUGUGAGACAGAGGUGUGCCCUCCACUGCUAUGCCAGAACCCUGUCAGAACACAGGACUCCUGCUGCCCGCAUUGCCCAGAUGAGUCCCUUCAGUUAUUAUCACCUAACAACAAGAGUAUACCAAGCUAUUGCAAAAAUGAGGAAGGGGACAUCUUCUUGGCAGCAGAGUCAUGGAAGCCCAACGUAUGCACCAGCUGCGUGUGUCUGAAUGGGUUGAUCAGCUGCUACUCAGAGUCCUGCCCUCUUGUUGCCUGUGCCAGACCAGUUCUGAGGAAAGGACAAUGCUGUCCCUACUGUCUGG